GCUACGUACCAGCGAGAACUUGAUCAAAUCUAUCCUCCUGGGGUCCAUGAGACACCGGUUCUACAACCUAAAGCCGCUAUACUGUACAACAGCUUCAUGGGAGGUGUCGAUAUCGCGGAUCAACGUCGAGCCUACUUCACAUCCCACCUGAUUAGCCAGAAAACAUGGCAUCCUAUUCUCUUCUGGAUGCUCGACACGACUGCUUCGAACGCCCAUAUCCUCGGUACAUGCCAGUUUCGGAAGCAGAAUAUUAGAUAUCUACAGAGCCUUAAGGAUUUCCGUCUACAGCUUGCCUGGAAUAUGGUCAUCAAAGGUAUUUCAGAUGGUCAUGGUUCCCGAGUAGUACAGGGCUUCAAUGAGCAGGAAGGUCCUCAAAUUCGAGGCAACCGAGGGAUCAGGAGAUCCGGUAACUCGUACGUACGGCCAAAUACAGAGUUCCCGUAUCAUACUACUCUUAGAAGUGGUGUUCAUCGCUUGGCACGAAUUUCAAGAGGGAUGCGACGGUGGUGUUGGAUGUGCAAGUGGAAAAAGCUAAGGGAUACCCAAAUCAAGGACCGAAGGACCUUCUUUUGCUGUGAGGUCUGUGGAGAAGGAUUUCCUCUCUGUGUUUGUUGUAUAGAACCAUUCCACAGUCAGAGA